GGGCGUCAGUUUCAAGUGAACUUUGGUGCUCGAUAGUUCGUUGCAACAUAUAGUAGGCACCCACCUCAUAGUCACCGACUACUUUGUGGUGGAAUCUUGUGGAAUCGAUAAGCUUAAGUUCCUUAUCUGAGCUACCAAGCUCCUCGGUCGUGAACGGAAUAAACAAGCAUCGUCGCCUCGGCUCACGUUUGCGUAAAAGGAAUCACGUGUUCGCGCAUGGAACUCCCUUGACGACGUCACAUCACGGUUGGACUUUACCCUCCCGUAAUGGGAAAGUGAAACAAUGUGUGUACGUGAUUUGUGGUGGGCAUCAAGGUUGCAUCUUACGGCACCACAACAUAAACCGGAUUAUGUUGGCAUUAUGCUGCAGAUUGGUUGGAUUUUCGUGACUGUGUGCGUCUAACGACAAACGUUUUUGAAGUGGCCAAAUCAAUGACGUUGUGUAUUGCUAGCUUCGAAAGGCAAAACUGAUGCGACGACCUGGUCCGUGUACGUAAUGGAAGAGGGCAAAUGUUAUGAAGACAUUCGAAAACAAACUGAUAGUGAAGUGAUACGCCUGGUUUAAUCUUUUAAUGCUGCGUUCGGUCCCAAAUGAAUAAUAUGCAAGACGUUCACUGUAGACAGUUUGAAGCGUGAAAUCUAACAGGUCGGUCGAAAGUGUUCGGGGCGCCAUCGAGUGUCAUUAGUAACCUAUUUGCAGUUUUGAACCAAUAAUGACGAACUGAAGUUAAAGGAAAUUGAUCAUAUCCUGUGAAGUGAAAAGAAAGUCUCUCUAAAAAUGGCUCAAUCUAAGCAAUACGAAGUUCUGGAGGUCAUUUCGAAGAAGCAGAUCUUCAAGGUGUAUCUACGCUGUAUGAUUGCAAAUUUGAUAGUGCUUUUGAAGUGGCUGUUUGAGUGCAUAAAGUGUCGGGUCCACAAAACCACCAUUAUGAGAAGAUCGAUCGAGCAAGUGCAGUUCCCGAACAUGCAGCCGAAUUUCAUGACCGAGAGCAAGAUGGGGCGACAUUCGUACGUCAAACUAGAGAACACUAAAUUACACUACGUGGAGGCAGGAAACCGUAGCAAUCCAACUGUGCUGCUCCUUCAUGGAUUCCCUGAUUGCUGGUUCGGCUGGCGAUAUCAAAUUUCGGAGCUAUCGCAAUACUUCCACGUCAUCGCCCUCGACUUGAAGGGGUUCAACGACUCGGACAAGCCGCUGUGGCGCUUCGAUUACGCACCGAAGAAAAUCUGCGAAGAUUUGCGCAAGUUCUUGAUCGCCAUCAGCGCCAAGAGUGUGUCGAUUGUGGGCCAUGACUUGGGCGCCAUCAUUGGGUGGAUUUUCGCGCACACCAAUCCGGAGAUGGUGGACAAAUUCGUCAGCGUCUCUACGCCUCAUCCCAAUCUGCUGUGGGACAAUCUGCCGCGGAACUCUCCCUUCAACCGAAGGUGGCUCGAAUUUGUCCAGCUACCUUACCUACCGGAAAUGGAGAUGCAGCACAAUGCGGAGCGUAUCCUGAAAAAAUGCUAUCCCCACAUCCUGAAGGAGAAGAUGUUCAUAUCGGGGACGAAUGGAUCUGUGAUAAACAAUCUUAUGGAAGGUUACAAGUACACGUUCAGCCAAACGGACGACUGGCGAGGUCCGUUGAACUACUAUCGCAACUUCAUGUUCUUCCGGAUAAAGGACGGAGAAACGCUGCAAUGUCCAUGCCUGAUCAUCACGGGCAAUGAGGAUCGGAUAUACAAGCUGGAAUCGGUGGUCAAGAGCUCGGACUACUGUGAGAACUUUGUGAUCAAGAUUGUGGAUCAGUCGGGACAUGCACCGCACCAGGAAAUGUCGACUGAAUUUAACAGCACUCUGCUGAAGUUUCUGAUAGGUAAACGAAUGCUUAUGAGAUCGUUGGAAAGCAGCACAGCUACUCCCACGAGAGGAUUAGUGGGACGAGUUUUUGGCGGCAUUGGCGCAGUGGCGAACAAUACGGUGAAGCUGGGGAACAAUCUCAAAGAUGGCUAUACUUUUGCGACGGCUCUCAACAAUGUGCCAAACUUUAUGUUGAAAAGCUAAGAUUCCUUGGCUCUUAGUCCAUGGUCAAUAAACUGGGUGUGCAUCUUGUGUUUAUUUUAUACUUAUUUUUAUACAUUGAUUUUGAAAUUACAAGAGUGUUUCAUAGAUAACGAUUAAA